ACGCCUCGCUUCGUCAGUACAUCUCACGAAAUCACAGCAACAAUGAAACUAGAAGUGUACGUCUUCCCGGAUCCUGAGAUGAGGCAAGAGUGGGAAGAAGACGAUGGUCGGAUGGAGGAUUGGUGGUUGGACCAGCUGGAGAGAACUUGGGAAAAAAUCCCAAGACAUUAUGGCAUCAUUCGCAGGCUUGAGGUACCCAUGGACUUGGUGGUGAAGUUCAUGGCGUAUCUCGGAGAGCAUUUUUACGCAAAUAAUGAAUCACGGCUCCAUCAGGUGUUGAGAGAAUUCCUCAAUUUUCUCCGGCUGGUUCACUGUGAGGAUGAGGCGCUGGAAAUGCUGCCUCACACUCACGCCAUUGCAGCAGCGGCUGUAAUGAUUCUGGAUGCCCAGAAUCAUUACAACAUAUAAUAUGCAUCAUCUCCCAGGAUAACCUUUUUAAUUUUAUUAUAUCAACUUUUGUAACUAGAAU